AUGUAUAGUGGAAUACCUCGACUAGUAGCUGAUCUCUGUGAAAAUGAUGAUCUUGCAACAAUGAUCAUUGUUGAUAGCAUGUUUGGAUUUACAACGCAUAAAAUGAAUGUUCGUUUUCGAUCGAAUCGUCGUUUAUCACCUCAAUGGAAAUCAGCUGUAGAACAGUUUCAACAACAUAUUGACUAUGAAAGAGGCUUUAAUGAAUUGACAUCAAUUGGAAAUUGGUAUGAUAAUUUACGUGCACGUAAAAGUACAGUUCAAUUAAUUUCAUUCAAAGAACAUAUGUUUCGUUUUCUACAUUUGUUCAAUAAAAAUUCCGGUGUUACACUUGAGCCAUGCCAUCGCUAUUCCACAGAAAAUUUUGGAGGAAAAGUGGUUGCAACAAAAGAAUGGGACAUCAAUGACAAAAUUGAAAUGUUGAUUGGAUGCAUCGCUGAAUUAAGUCCUGAAGAAGAACAUGCUUUUCUGAAACCAGGUAUCAAUGAUUUUUCAGUUAUGUAUUCAUGCCGUAAAAAAUGUUCUCAAUUAUGGCUUGGACCUGCCGCUUAUAUCAAUCAUGAUUGUCGUGCUAAUUGCAAAUUUGUAGCAACCGGUCUAAGUUCGGCUUAUAUUCAUGUACUUCGUCCGAUUGAUAUUGGUGAUGAAAUAACUUGUUGUUAUGGAUCGGAUUUUUUCGGUGAUAAUAAUUCACAUUGUGAAUGCCGCAGCUGUGAAAUACUUGGCAAAGGUGCAUUUUUAGAAAAAAAACCAUCUAUACCAAAAGCUGCAACAAAUACAGAUCCUGUUUCAGUACAAACAAUUUCAUCUUCUAAGGUUCCGGAAGAACAAGGAACAUCAUCAUCUCAUAUGAACACAAUUAUUCACACACGUUUACGCCAGACUGAUAAACGACUCCUUCGUAAAAUUCAAUCAGUCGAUAGCAUGAUUCCAAAACAAGAAAAAAAAAAAAGCGAUGAAGAAAUGAAUACAACAGUUUCUAAGCAGCCAACAGUAGUCUAUCGUAAUAAAAAUGGUCAAUUUGCUCCUUCACCAAGUGGAUCAAAACCAAUCAGGAUGCGUUCUCCAAAGAAAAAAGAAAAAACUUCAAAUAGUUCUACAUUACAUUCACAUUUAGCUACCUAUUCUUUGUCAACAUCAAACAAACAAACACUGCAUCGGCAAUCAACUAACUCAGAUUCGUCGAUGUCAAAAUCAUCAGUGACAGUUCAACGUGAUAAACCAUCCAAGACAAUUCCAUCUGUUAGUUUUGAUAAGUCUAAUUCAAAUUCUCUUUCAUCAAUAGUAACAACGAAAGAAGCUAACGUGGUAAAUUCGAAUUCAUCAACGAUAAAUACUCGACCAUCUCGUCUCCUAUCACCUAGAUUAUCAAUAUCUUCAUCAUCUUCAUUAUCAUCACCACCAUCGCCACUGUAUCCUAGCACUCAUCGACGUACUUCAUCUCAACAUUCAUCAUCGUCAUCAGCAGCAUCAUUAUCAGCAACACCUCAUUCAAAUAAUCCAAACUUUCUCCUUUGGCGUCCAACAAUUCGUUUAAGUCGCCAUUCAAGUUCUUCAACGAUCAGUUCUUUAUCGUCAGCGGCAGAGAAUGAACAAAAUAAUACCAAUGCAAUAGCUUCACGACAAGUUGUUUCCAAAGUAAAGAUUCGUAUGAGACAUGAUCCAUUUUUAUUGGAUGAUGUCGAAAAUAUAAAAUCAUCCAAGCCAUCGAUGCUUACAGUUAAACUUGAUAACAAAAAACGACCACUAAUGGAUACAUCGAUUCACGAAAGAUCAUCGUUACGUACAAGAAAACGUCGGAAACCGGAACAAAAUCAAGAGUAG